UGAAAGUGGCCGCAUAUUGUCCGGGGGGACAGAUGGUUUCUGUCUUGAUUAAGUUUUAAUUUUCCUGACGGGAAAAGCUGGCAGGCUUUGCUCGUCGGAGGGACCCUGCUGUGUUCACAGACAGACCAACGUAUCUCUCGCAUCUCAUUCUGCCCUAAAAAAGGUCGCCUGUAGUCCAGGUAGAGGAGCUCAAGUGUGAAAGUGCAGGUUUUCACCGAGCUGACUGCUCUCUCAGCUGGGAGUUAUUUAGCAGCAGACGGGCGUCUCGCGACUUUUUUUUUUUUGUGUCUCUCGCUUGUACACCGCUCUGAAUUGAGGCAGAACACUUCUGAAACUGGUGGAUCAUAUCAACUGCAAACUUUUGCAUCCUGGCUGAAACGAUCACAGUAUGCAUGAUGUAAACUCAGACACUGGAGGCUUCUGCAGCGGCUUAUCAUUCAUAUCAAUAACCUGAGCAGAGGCAAGAUGAUGCUGAACAUGUUGGCCCGGCCAUUACACUGGAGCCUCCUGCUUCUUUGUAUAGUAGGCUUCUGCAGCCAGCUUGUGUCCACUGGCAACCAAAGCUCCCGAGGACAGACAGGGUCGUCGCAAGAGAGGACAGGGACUUGUGAAGUGGUUGCUGCUCAUCGUUGCUGCAAUAAGAACAAGAUUGAGGAACGCUCUCAAACUGUCAAGUGCUCCUGCUUCCCAGGACAGGUGGCGGGGACAACGAGGGCUCUGCCCUCUUGUGUGGAAGCCUCUAUUGUUCAUCACAAGUGGUGGUGUAAAAUGGAGCCGUGUCUGGAAGGGGAAGAGUGCCGAGUUCUCCCUGACCUCACUGGUUGGUCAUGCAUCUCUGGAAAUAAAGUAAAGACCACAAAGGUGGCACGGUAGCAAGACAGGAGCUCCAUCUAAUCAGUACAAGCCUGUUCCGGCCUGGUGCAGUCACCUUAAGUAACACUGGACUCUGAAGACAGUGAACGCCCCAUCAGAUAGUGCAAAGAACAAUAUAGAUUUAAUUAGAUAUCUCCUGGCUAAGCUUUAAACUGCAGGAACACAUUAUUUUAAUUUCCCUUUUGUUUGAACACAAUUUUGGUUAGGGUUAAUCCCAUGCAGUGGACAAUCUAAUAGCAACUGACUUAAGAUAAAAUGAAGCAGCACCCUUAAGCAGUCCAAACAGGCAGCGACUGCAAAGGACUGUAUCCGUAUAUUUCCGUGCUUGAUAUGCUGGGCACUAUGUGAUGCACUCAAUCAAAGUUUGGACGGGGCCUGCUGGCAGACACUUAAAAAGAGAUUUUGUGGAUUUUCCGGCAGCAGAAUGUGAAUCCAGUCAGUUGCUUGUGACUCUCUCCGCCGAUCAAAGCAGAGGACCACAAAUACUGAGGAAUUUAUGAUUGUGUAGCAUUUGUAAGCAAUGCUGUCCUGUAGACUUACUCUGAGCAUUGUAAAGAGGUCCCAUCCCUUUGGACAACUCCUUACCACAAAGAGGCACCCUCCCAAACACGCCUGCACACACACACACACACACACACACACACACACACACACACACACACACACACACACACACACACACACACACACACACACACACACACACACAUACACACUGCUUUUCAUCUCCACUGCUUGGACAGGCCACCACCUGCAAGGCUGUGAUGGCAUGCACACAAGCAUGAAGCGCUGAUGCAAAACAAGGACUGUUUGAAAUGCUAAUCAUGGGCAGAAAAGGGAGAGAGAGAAGAGAAGAGGAGCUUCUUCACUGCUGAGAGUAUUUACAUCAUGCUUUUGUUUGUCUCUCUAAACUGAAUACUCCUGUGGAGGGAACUCCGUUCAUAGUAAUGAUAGCAGCAUUGCAGAUUCUCUGCCUUGAAGCAAAUUGUAGCCACCAACAGAAAAGAAUAUUUACCGUUAUUGCAUUAUAUCAGUUGUCCUCUUCAUAUGAAUAAUAUUCCUUCUGGACUACCCCUCUUUUAUCUCUUAAGUUCAAUCAACUUUUAGCAUUUUACCUUUCCAAUAAAGAGACAUUUUAUAAUAACACUAAUAGAGCAACUGAAAAUCAUCCUAUCUGAGGCAUCAGACUGUGCUAGUUGAAGGCAGCUGAAUUCUAAGCACUUUGCUCAACAUUUACUUAAUGCAAUCAUGCCGUAUGGUUGUCAUGGUACUGACAAGAUUCUUCACUGAGCGGUCACGCACUCCAAGGCACUUUAUGCAUGGCUUUGCUUUGUAACUUUGUAACUUCUGAUUAUUAUUUCAUGUUAGAAGUGCUGCAUUUUAAGAUUCAUAAAAUGAACGGUAUUGAAUGUGUCAAAUAUUCUGGAAAACCCCCUCCUCUAAAUCAAUGAUAAUCUGCCUUUGGUAUUGAAUGGCAAUGCUUUUGUAGAUUCACUGAAUGCUUAUCGUAUAACAAAUUGUGAUUCUGUUCAUGGACAUCGUAAACAGCAGCAAUGUCUCCAACAUAACUGUGUGUCAUAUUGUAGCUACUCUUAUAAACCCAUUAGAAGCUUGUGAUGCAGCUGCUGACAACGGUAUUAUAAGCAGGGUCUGACAAGAUCAGCCACAUAAAGUAGUAAGAUGGCGGUUCAACAUAUUGUUUACAAAAGACCUUGGGUGUAUUUCAUUUGAGAGCUGACUGCAAAACAGGGGGAUUCAAUACUCCUUACAAUAUAAUACAAGCCUCUCCAUCCAUGCCAUAAAUGACUAUAAAUGAUGACUAAUAAACAUUACCUUCACCUCUCUGGCUCAAGAUACAGCUGUUGUAUUGUAUUGUACCCUGUUUAGGAUUUAAAGGAGUGCUACAAUGACCUGCGCUUAAACCGCAAUUAUUCAGUAUUAUUUCAGAACAUCUGGACUAGAUACAUUAUUAAACAUAUAACUCCCCCUUUUAACUGUUCAAACCAUUUUUCAAGCAAAAAAAUCACAUGGUCAUCAUGGUUCCAGCAUCUCAGUUGCUUUUCUUUGUCUAAUUUGAUGGUAAAUUUAAUAUCUUUAGGUUUUGGAACUUAAAUCAGGCAAAAUAAGCACACUAAAGACAUCAACCUGGGCUUAAUGAAAUCGUGAUAGGCAAUUUAAUUUUCUGGCAAUAUUUAGUCCGAACGAUUAAUCACAAAGAAUCACGACAGAUGAAAUGAUAAUGACAAUAAUCGUUUGUUGUUUUCAUAAUUUGUCACUUUUGAUUUUGUUCAGUUUUGGCAACUGAAGCUUCUCUUAAAUGCUGGCCAAAAUCUUGUUAAUGAUGUAAAUACCAACCCUGAGAAUAAACCAAUAAAUACAAACAUAAUACAAAGUAUUCCUCUAUAUGCAAAUAGAUUGAGAUUGGUAUAUUUUUCGUACUUUUCAGUGACUGCUGUAAUUUUAUUAGGCUUCAAAAUGAAGUUUACACAGAGGAGUUAGAAUUGUUUUAUUACUGCAAGUUAAAAUCAGGAGCUGGUUGGGCUUCUGUAGAAGUCCAACAAUAGUCUUAUCUCUUAUUCCUGUUCAUUGAACCAUUCCCCAUCUUAUAUUUAUGUAUUCAUAUUGUACAGAAAUGCAGAGCUCAUUGAAGUUAAAGGUCCCAAGAUUCCCUGACUGUUAUAAAAUCUAAGUAGUUCUGGACAAGAAAGCUUUGGAAAGAUCAGGAACUCAUGGAGCUACAUUUCCUCACCGACUCAGAAGCUGCAGAAAAGAUGAACCCACUGGUAAUUGAACUGAAUAAGUUGACGUGUGACUUUAUUACCAUCCAUACACUC